AUGACAGGUCCCGAGACGUCCUUGGACACCCUCGCUCUCAACUGUUCCCUAGCGCCUGAAAGCCAGACAAGGCUUCUUGCGGAAGGGUUGAAUCAUUUGGAGGAGCUCCGGUUCUUGUUUGACAAUGAGGAGCACGUGGGGAGUUGGGUUGCCAAACUGGGGUUGGGCGACAAGACCAUUUUGGAGACAUCCCGUCUUCGGCGGGCUUGGGCGGCGAUCCGUCUCCAUUUCUCUACCUCAGAACAAGACCACUCCAAGGUGGCCCUGACAGACCUUGACACAAUGCUGGAGGACGCGGAGUUCAUCCCGCGGACUCGCUGCUGUCCAGAGUCUCUCGGGAGCUUUCCAAACGGAUGCUUUGUGUUUUUGCCACUCUACUUUCAGCUCACAACCGUGCAACGCAAGCACAAGUUGGGAGAUAAUCUGUAUACUGAGGAGAUCGAAACGGAAACGGAGGAGUCCAUUUCGAAGGACGUGGAGACGUACCUGGACAAACUUUACACGUUGCUCCUGGCUUACGCUAUGGCGGGAGUGCACCCACUUCCAGGCGUGGAUGUGAGCAAGGAGGCUGUUCUUAUCGCCAAGGACAUGGAGGAGCGCAGCGAGUGGGUCACCCGCUUUCGCGAAGGUGGUCUGGGGGAGGCCCAGGCGACCGGCACCGGUACCACAGCUUCACAAGCCGCUUUGCAGGUUUCGCACUUUCGGGAGGGACCCAAAGUUGGUGGCAAGCGUGUGGCGGCUGUGCUGAUGGGCGCGCACAAGUGCGGCGUUAUCGUGCGAAAUCAGCGUGCCUGCUCGGGGAGUGAUGCUGAACCUGCGGAAGCAUCUGCGGAUGCACCUCCCCUCAUGGAUGGACCUUACGUGACCUGUGGAUGUACUGCUCAAUCCUUCCCAGGAUCUGUCCCUUGGGACUUCCAGUCGGAGCUUCGAAGCAGUCUUGAUCAGGCUUGCCUGCAGUUGGCAGCUCUGGAUUGCAGCACGAAUAUUCGAGAAAUCCCGCUCAAGUUUGAGAGUGGCCGCCCAGCGCCGCGCCCUCUCCGUAGCCAUGAGCAUCCUAUGGGUUUGCCUGGCCUGAACAUUAGUGAUCAGCGCCGUGUCUCGAAGGAUAACUGCGCCUGCAAGUUUGUCCUUGACGAGCAGCAGAAGAUUCUUGAGCGAGGUGGUGGUGCAAUCCGCGAGAACCCCAGCAAUAUCUUGCAUUGGUGCAUCCCGCAGAAGCGGAGAUGUGGGUCUCCGGCCAGUGGUGGGAUGCGAGAUAUGAUGCCUGGCCCCGAGAUGCUGUACCACACCCAGUGGCAGCGGACAGCUGUGGGUCAGCAGGUGACCGCUCGCGAACAGGGGUGCCUGAGGGACAGGCGCCAGGGCUUGAUGGGUGCCAUCAAGGAGCUGAAGCGGCGUUGGGCCGGAGUGGACACCUGCCUCCGAGCACGCCAGCAGCCACAGCUGCGCAAGGAUGCUGCUAGUGGCUUUUGCACCGAGCCGAUGCGCCAUGCCGAAUUGCUCCGCGUUGUGACAGGUUUGCCUUUCCGGCUUAUCCCAAGAUGUGUAAUCACGCAGAGCAGCGGUAAGCAGCGCGUCAUCGACAAUGCAGAUGCUGGCGGUCAGUCCGCACUCAGCUCCGACCCGAACAAGUUAGUGCUUUGUUCUCCUCCCCCCCCCUCCCCCCCACGCUGUUGUGUGGUAGCGUGGUGGCAUGCCGAGUGGGGGGAGCCAGCUUUUCAGCUCUACACCGGCUUGUUGUUUGGACUGGCCUUGGCGGUGACCAGUUUCAAUCGAUGCAGCCGGGCAGUGGAAGCCCUUGGCAGGCGGCUCUUGGCCAUCUUGGUCCCCAUGUACUUUGACGAUGCCCACCUUACUGACUGGGCUUCUUUGAAGGGUUCAGCCCAGGCCUCUUUUGCGAGCCUAAAUUCCUGCCUGGGUUCCCCCUUUGCCGACGCCAAGCGGCAGCAGAUGGCUUCGACGGGUACGGUCCAAGACCUCAUUGAACAGGCAGUGCAGACGCAGUCCUUGCCUCCAGGGCUUGCUGCAAAAAUUUAUGGCGCAUGCAAUUUCUUGGAGCAAGGCAUGUAUGGGCGUGUCGCGGCCGGCGGGUUGCGCGCGAUCCGUGAGCGGGCAGAUGAGGGCGGUAGGGAGUUGACCCCGCCGAUUCAUUCCUGUUUUGCUCUCAUACGGGCAGUGCUGGCCGCUCGUCCGGAAAGAGAGUUCGACAUCCUUCCCCGGGUGUGGCCCCGUUUUCUGGCUGCGAGCGACGCAGCCGAGGAUGAUCCCGGUCAAGGCUCAGGCGGCUUCCACCUGGUUUGGCUUGAUGAGCCUGAGGUCCGGGAGAGUUUUGUGGCCGCGAUUGGUCCGGAAGUGUAUGAGUGCUUUACUCCCGGUGAUCAGAAAAUCGCCCAGCUCGAGCUUGCGACUCUCGCAGUCCGAGCCCCGUCCUUUCGUGGCAGGCGUGGCUUCUGGUACAUUGACAAUGUUGCUGCUCUCAUGUCUUUGAUUCGGGGCCGUUCGAGUUCGCCCGAUUUGGAACGACUGGCCCAACUCAUUCAUCUUGCCAUGUUUGCCUUACGCACCUCUUUCUUCUUUGAGUAUAUUCCGUCCAAGACGAAUUGGGCUGACGCGGUCGGUCGUGUCGGUUUUGCAGACCCCUGGCUUCACCAGCGUGGCUUCACCUGCCAUGUCGCUUGUUUUCCCUUUCAGCUCGUGGAUCUCCCUUUCCUCGCGGUGCUACGGGUGUUCGAGUUUCUUUGA